AUGCGAAUGCCCGGACAGCGCCGCAGCCAGGAACCUGACGAGGUUGGGCAACGCGCCGGCCUGUUCGCCGAGUCCAUACGGGACGGCGACAUGGACCUGGCUUGGUCGAUGCUUUCCAAGGAGACCCGCGGCAUGCGUCUGGGGGUCUGGGCCACCCGCCUCAAUAUCGACAUGCAGGUGGCCUAUCGCGCCGCCUACGACUCGGAUCAUCCCAUGCGCGGAUCGAUGAUGGAUGACUUCCGCACCACCGUGCUUCGGUUGUGGCCGCUGGAAGACCUGACGGAGCUGGCCGCCGCUCCCACCCGGUACGUGGACAACGAGCACGCAUUCGUGUUUCUACCCUUUGGCGUAACCGAUGAAACCGUGGUGCAGCACAGCCGCCUGAUGUCGGGCCUGAUGAUCCCGAUGCUGCUCGAAGACUCCCACUGGCAGGUUGACCUCCCGGGCUGGCGGUUUCUGGACACUCCCGGCCCGGGCGGCAAUGGCUAG